AUGGCUUGGGGAAAUGGCACUGUGGCCACAGAAUUCAUCCUGCUUGGUCUCAGCAGUGAUCCAACUAUGCAAAUAAUCCUUUUUGUUGUCUUUUUGGUUGUCUACAUGAUGAUCUUACUUGGAAACUCACUAAUUAUUAUGGUGACAGCAACAGAUAGCAGUCUUCAUACACCAAUGUAUUUUUUCAUCACCAACCUCUCCAUUUUAGAUAUCUGUUAUUCGACAACUGGUGCCCCUAGGAUGCUAAAAGACAGUCUUUCAGUAAAGAAAACCAUUUCAUAUGCAGAAUGUGUAGCACAAAUGUACAUUGGGCUUUCACUAGGAGAAAAUGAAUGUAUGCUGCUUGCCGUAAUGGCCUAUGAUCGUUAUAUAGCUAUAUGUCAUCCUUUACAUUACACAGUAAUCAUUAGCAAGUCUGUUUUUAUUAAGGCAGCUGCUGGUACGUGGAUCUGUGGGUUUCUGUUAUCCAUUCCCGAUAUUGUACUUAUUUGUAGUGUAGGUUUUUGCGGCCCUAACAAGAUUAAUCAUGCUGUAUGUGAAGUACCAGAAGUCCUAGCACUGGGUUGUGGAAAUACAGCCAUUGUUGAAUUUGUGAUAUUUGCAAUUGGUGUAAUUGUAUUAAUGAUACCAAUCACUUUUAUUAUUUUAUCUUACGUUAGAAUUAUCCUUGCAAUUUUAAAAAUAACUUCUUCUGCUGGACGAUUAAAAGUAUUUUCCACUUGUGGAUCUCACAUCUUGGUUGUAACACUUUUUUAUGGGUCGGCUAUGGCUGCAUAUUUGAAACCUAAAUCAAAGUCUUCAGCUAAUGUUGAUAAAAUCCUUUCUGUUUUUUAUGGGACUGUAACUUCUAUGUUGAAUCCUUUGAUCUAUACACUUAGGAAUGAGCAAGUCAAAACCGCUUUAAAAAAAAUGAAAAUUAGAAAACUAUUAUCCAUACAUUUGUGA